UGCUUCUAUGGCUGCUGAGCGUUGGUGAGGCUGGCUAGAUCAAGCAAAUUUUUUUCAAUUUGCGUCAUUUUCAUUCAUCUAGAGGAGUGCAGUGCGAAGUGGUGAAGUAAGCUCAACCCACAAUAGGUUUAUUUUUAUGUGGCAUACAUCACUAAAAGUAAAAUGUGUUUAUAACACCAUUGAAAUCCAUCGACACUGAAAGUGCAAGAUGUUGAUGUUAUCCUUAUUGAUCCCAACAAUACUGGACAGCUAAAUUUUACCACAACACCAGCCAUGAAGAAUCAUCACUCAACUACUACCAAGAAUAGCCUCUCUGUGUUUAGCCACUUUAAGUACGAACAUCUUUUAGCUGGAAUUUCAGGAGGGGCUAUUUCCACCUUAAUCCUACAUCCUUUAGAUUUAAUGAAAAUUAGAUUUGCAGUUAGUGAUGGCAGAACAACGAUUCCUCAGUAUACGAGUUUGACAAGUGCAUUUUAUACGAUAAUUAGGCAGGAAGGAAUUAAGGGGUUGUACAGAGGUGUUGCACCCAACGUUUGGGGAUCUGGAAGCGCCUGGGGCUUUUACUUCCUUUUUUAUAAUUCCAUCAAAAAUUGGAUUCAGCAAGGAGACAGCCAGUAUCCCCUGGGACCGUACCUGCACAUGCUAGCGGCUGCGGAGGCGGGGAUUCUGACGUUAUUAGUGACCAAUCCCAUUUGGGUGGUGAAAACGCGGCUGUGUCUGCAGUACGGCAACGAGGAUGCUUAUCUAUCGAAAGGCGGCCAGUUUUACAACGGGAUGUCGGACGCCCUUGUGAAAAUUUACCGAACAGAAGGCGUGCGCGGUUUAUACAGGGGUUUUGUUCCUGGAAUGUUCGGCGUCACUCAUGGGGCUCUACAGUUUAUGACUUACGAAGAAAUGAAGGCAUUCUACAACCAGUAUCGGAAGCUGCCACACGACAGCAAGCUGACGACAGGGGAGUACCUAGGUUUUGCAGCUAUAAGUAAGUUGAUUGCUGCCGCGGCUACCUACCCCUAUCAGGUCCUUAGAGCCAGGCUGCAGGAUCAACAUCACAACUACGAAGGAACGUGGGAUUGUAUAAAAAAAACGUGGAAGUACGAGCGAAUGAGAGGUUUCUAUAAGGGGUUAGCUCCCUAUUUACUUCACGUUACUCCUAAUAUAUGUCUAGUCAUGCUUAUUUAUGAGAAAUUUACUAAUAACCGUUAGGUACACGAACUCAAAUCAAAAUCACUUAGGUUUUGUUUAUGACGUAAACCAAUUUCUAAUGUAGUUGAAUUUACUAACUUAUCAAAUCAAAAUUUUUAACUAUGACAAUUUUAUUUACGUAAAAGGUAAUGUAGGGUUCACGACCUCCUUAAGAAAUGAUUUUUUAUGAUUUUAAUUGAUUAAUAUUUAUUGCGUUAUUUUGGAAACGAAAAAGUUAACAUUGCGAUAUAUCUUUAUAAUCGAUAAUAGCUGAAGUUAUUAGAAAUAUAUAAAAAGAAAAUAAUAAUUGUGUAUAUUGAUGCGUAGCAUAUAAAUUGUUUGCAACUUUUAUUCCAAUUUUGGGCUGGACCUGAAAUGUUUAAAAGAACCGAAAGGUAGAUAAUGUAACUUAAUUAUAGAUACUAUUCUUUUUUUUUAUCUUGAUUCGAGAAUUAUUAAAUACUACAUAAUUAGGUAGUUAGCAAAACAACCGGGGCCCAUAUUUUGAGGUUCUUUUACGUACUCAGUUCGUUUAGCUUUUAACACACACAAAGUGAUCGAAUAGAAUGUAAUUUCAGUUGUAAAAUAUUUAUUUUAUCGAACUAUUAACCCAGUAUUUAAUCGAGACUCAAAAUAACAGCUGCCGAAUAAUAUUGUACUUGAAGCAAUUAUUUAUUACUGACUGUGUAAGUAUUAAUUAAAUUUAUUUGUGGGCUCAAUGACUUUAGUAGUGAUUGAUUUGACAUAUCAAGUUUUAUCUGUAGGAAAAAUUUUAAGAAGUGAGAGAGCGAUCGUAAGAAAUAAUUGUGAGAAAGAUCGACAUAGUUAUUAUUUUUCUAUAAAAAUAAAGUGAUUAUUCAAUUCAAAGUAUUGUUAUUUUUGAAAUGUUGUGUACAUAAUAAAGUAUGUGAUAUUCAG